AUGCGAGAGGGAGGCGGUGGUGGUGACUGGUUUACAAUGAUGGGGAGUUUCGGUUUGAGAGGGAGAGAAUUUGGGUUGGAGAGAGAAGGGGAGAAUUUUGGGGCGGCGAAGGCCUGGGAUGUGACGGCGGGAUCCGGCCGGACGUGUUGGGUCUGGUCUUGGGGCUGGCCGUGGCUGGUGGUGCUUGUAUGGAGGUUUGGGAGGGCACGGCUGGAGGAAGAAGGAGAGCCUCGUUCGUGGGUGAAGAGAGAGUCAGAGAGUCUGGAAAAAAAAAGGCGGCUUUUUUUCACAUUUAGUCCGCCUAAAAUUUUCGGCACCUUUAGCGAUGAAGAAGUACAUCUACGUCGUGCAAGGAAAUAUUUCCUAGCUUGCGCGACCAAGAAAGUUACGUCGCGCAAAACAAAAGCCUAA